AUGACAACUGUUCAAUUUGAUAGUAAAUAUAGUCAAACUGAUCUACCGAAUCAACAGACUCGUUUCAAAUUAUCAAAAAUAUUAAAAACAUAUCUUACUGUUGUAAGUCAGCAUCGUUUACAUUUAUUUAAUCAAUAUACACAAUCAGAUGAAUCCUAUCAUGAUCAAAAUUUACUUAAUGUACGAAAACAAAUUCUUGAUCGAUUUGAAUGGGUUAUAAUUGAACUUGAACAAACAAUAGAAAAUUUACAGCGAUGUCAAUUAUCAGUAAUUGAUGCUCAACAAAGUAUCGAUCGACCACUUAUUAAAGAAGUUAUCGAAACGUCGCUUAAUGCUGAUUCGUCUUCUAUUAAAAAUCGAAAACGAUUUAUGCCAAAUAGAGAUGAAUGGCAAACGUAUAAACGUGAUUUACAAGAAACAAAAGAAGAAUUAUAUGUUCUUGAUUUAUUUAUUCAUCGAGGCAUUUCUAAGAUCGAUCGAUUGGUGAAUUCUACAAAUUUUUACACUUAG